UUCGCCGACUUUCGCGCACUUACACGGUUAUGUUAUGUCUUUUUCGCACACACUCGUAUAUCAUCAUCAUUAUCAUCAUCAUCGUCGUCGUUAUCCACGGAUCUUUUCGCUCGAGAGUUAUUUAUUUUUUAACUCAAACAUAUUCGUAAGCGCGUUUCGUGACACGAUUGUGCUCCGAAAAAGCCAAGCUGCUAUUGAAUUCUUUUAAAAAAAGACAUCGCUCAACACGGAUGUGCAUGACAGACAUACACACACACACAUAUAUACACGCGCAAACAGGUAAGGACGGACGCAGGGACACACUAACACGCCACUCGUCAAUCCUAAACAACGGUUUUUCCGUGUAGGUUCGCACGGUCGUGACCGGCCACGUAACGCGCGUAUAUAACGAAUAUUCGGGGCGAAUCUUACACCCAGUUUUCAUCCUUUUUUUUAACAACGACAAUAAAAGCAAGAGAAAGAGCUCAGACACAAGAGAUCGCUCUUGAAGUAACGUGUCCAUGCAGAGUCUCCGGAUCAAGAGCUCGUGCAUGAAUAUGUGUAUAUAUAUAUAUAUAUCGAGAGAGAGAGAAAGAGAGAUUUGAAAAAUUGAAAAAAGAGUCAACGCUCCGGAAUAUGAACUAGCUAUUCGGUGGAAGCAUGGAUUGAAAAGAAAAUUGACGCAACGCGUCAAGUUAUAUAUCGUGCGGAUAUUGAAAACGAGUGUUUCAGUGGAGUGUUGUUUUUUUUUUCAGUGCCAGUGUGUUCUUUUCAUCAUCAUUUAUUUGGUGCAAGUGUUUUAUUUUGUUGUCGUCUAUUUGGCUCCCAAGUUUUUGAGAUUAUAGUACGCGAUGGAGCUGAAAAAUGUCGAAUUAUUUCGAGCUUCGUCGACGGUUCGUUCGAUCCUCAGAAUUCGGGUAAAUCCUCGGGUGAGAUAAAUGAAGAAAUGGUCGUUGUCCCGAAUCUGGCCGGGUAAUGAGGAGAAAAAGCAACGCGGCGGAGGAAGAUCGAGAACCAGCCCGUUGGCAAAGACGGGAUUUGAAACUUUGGAAGGUGCUGGUAAAGCGCGAAAGAACGAGGGAUGAAUUAUUUUGAAACGAUUGUCGGGUAUAAAUUGAUAUUGAGAAGCGGUGCGUGAAGCAGCGGGAGAGGAUAAAGAGCGUGAGGUAGAAUGGACGAGAUACGUGGUUCACCGAGUCGCCGGCUCUCACAGAUUCUCGAUCCGAUCGCUCGUCUCGCCUCGGAUUUCGGUAGUUCGAGCUCUGCACCGUGCAGCCCCCGCAUGGGGGUUCGCGGCCCCAGCAGCACCAGGGAUAACAUCGAGAUCGCGCGGUCCGAACCCUGUCGCGGAACACCCAGCGGUCCGGAGAGUCCGCGGUUAUUGCCUAGGCGAGCUAGACAACCGCCCGUUCCACCGCCGAGACCGAGUCAGCAUCAGCUGCAUCAUCGUCAUCAUCAUAAUCAUCAUCAACAUUAUCAGCGUCGCAACGAAACUUGCUCCUCGUCGUCGUCGUCUUCGUUAUCGCCACCUAUUCAUUUUCGAAACUCACCCUACGUCAAUGUACCCUGUAACUUGGUCUUCCAAAAGGACAAGAGCUUCGCCGAGAGCGCUAAAUGUGCUGGUUACUCCGAGCUUAGAGAGACGACCGCGACGACGACGGCGACGACGACGACGACGACGACGACGACGACAAUGGCGAGCGCGACCGGCGCCAAGUCUCUCACCAAUCUCGUUGGCAAAUGCAAUCCCUACAGUUUCACCUCAGAGUCGAGCGGUCGCGUCGAAUACGCUGACAUCGGUGAAAAAAUAAAUUACCCGACCCCCGCCAUUAUUGAUCUCGGACCCAAUAGCUUUGAGAACAAAGCCCUCGAUGCGACUGAAAAUUUCAACCGACUGGGAAAAUCCUUUCACGAACAGCCUGGAACUUCGGGUAGUAGAGUGGCAAAUAUCGACGGAAGUUGUUCCUUCAACGCUAGACAACAUCAGAUCGAUGAUCGACGCGAUCACGUGGCCGAUCCUCAUCGAUUACUCAUAGAGAGAGCCGCGGCGACCCUCGCAUGCGCUUCCAACCAAUCGGUCGCUACUGCCAGAACGACCAGUAGCUCCGCUCUUCCGACUACCGAUCACGCCAAAAAGGAGAAAUCCCCGCGAGAAAGGCCCGGUUACGGUUCUUCGAAAAGCUUCGAUGGCUAUUCCACCACGGUUGAGGAACUCAAUUGGCAAGAAAGAUGCUUGGAACUUCAGCUCGAGCUUCACAGGAGCAGGAGUCAAGCGACCAGAGUCAGAGAUAUGUUGCGGGAAAAGCUCUCCGAACUUGAGCAGCGCGUACUCGACGCCGAGGGCAGAGCCGACGAAGCGGAGGACAAAGUACGGAUGAUGGAGGAGCGGCUGGUGAAGGGUGAAUACAGUCUGAGUACAACCGGAGUCGGUACGCCGCCGCACACAUCCUUGCCAUCGACGUCAAACGUAAAAAACGAAAAGAACGAGGAUGUGCACUGUGCCUGCAUAUCAAAACUAGAAACACAGGUCGAAGAACAGAGACAAUUGCGGUUACAAGACGCGCGUCAGGUCGAAGCAAAAGCAGCUCGUAUCAAAGAGUGGGUUACGAACAAAUUACGGGAGCUUGAACAACAAAAUCAGCAUCUUCGUGAGCAGAACAACAAGUGUAACCAACAACUCGAACUUUUGAGAAAUCACAUAACUAACAUAGGACUGAGGCCACCGGCACCAACGAGAGCCUCGUUGUCGCUGGAAGUUGAUCCUACCCUGCGACGUCGUAGCGAAAGUUUGGAGAGCACACCGCAAACAGUCGCGGGAAACGUACAGAGCACAGCGGUCGAGCAACAAGUUACGACGAGACACAGGAGGCACCUAUCAGCCUGUGGUACGAUACAGCAGGGAAUCGCCGCCACGAAUAUGGACUCUAGCUUACUCUCGGAAGAAUUGGCGGCUGCGGUGGAAAACCUCGUUAUGCUGCCAAGCAUACCCGGUGUCUCGGAGGGCAGCCGUGACAGCAACAGCUCCGAAGCGAUCCACGAUUACGCUGAAAUCUAUACACCCAGCAGAGAAGGCAUCAACUGGGCUCAGGCCAGUGGACAAACCGCACCGAGGCCCCCCACACCGCCGUUGCACAGAUUUCCAAGCUGGGAGGCAAAAAUUUAUCAGGUUGCGGACGGUGGCCUCGGCAUAGGACCUUCGGCGAACGAAGAAUCGGGACCAUCGACCUGCACUACGAACACGACAAGUUCGUCAAAACAUUCCCACGCAACUGGUCACAAUCUUACCGCGCACAAUUCACAGGGCUACUGUGAUAUAUCGGUACCGGUUUACGCUACCGUCAAAGGUCGAGCGAGUCAAAUACGAUCAAUGCCGUUUGGGGAUAGCUCCGACGACAGCUCGGACGGUGAGGAACAUCCUAAUCAAACGGAAACGAAUACGCGAAUAACGAACAGUUCCUCCGACAACACAGACUCUUCCCUCGGUAGCGGUAGCAGCCCCUCGAAAAGCAUUAAAACGACGAGUAGUCUUAGCCCUGCAAAGAGAAGUUCCAGCGGUUCCCCGAGCAAAAGUGUUAAACGCGACACGUCGCUCGAGUCGGGACUCUCGGAAGACUACGCGAUACCCCCGGAUGCUCUGAGCUCGACCUCGUUGGAGUCCAGCAUGCCGAGCCUUCUUAUGAGAGUUUCAGGCGAGAGCCCGAAAAGACUCGAAUCGUUGGAGAAAACAGGUCACCUGGCUAAGCUCGGUGGCAAGCUCAAAACAUGGCGCAAACGAUGGUUCGUUCUUAAAAAUGGUAUACUCACGUAUUGGAAGAGUCAGAACGACGUCAAUCGCAAACCACAGGGACAAAUAUUACUGGACGAAGUAUGCAGGAUAAAUCGGGCCGAAGGGGCCGCGACCUUCGAAAUAUCAACGGGAAAAAAGACUUAUUAUCUUACAGCCGAUUGUAUAGCGACGAUGGAAGAUUGGAUAAGAGUAUUGCAAAAUGUACAGAGACGGAAUGCGACCAAGUUGCUGCUCAGUCGGGAGGACAAUAAACCUACGAUACAGGGAUGGUUGACCAAAGUGAAAAAUGGUCAUGCCAAAAAAUGCUGGUGCGUCCUCAUCGGCAAAAUGUUCCUUUACUUCAAGUGCCCCAGUGACACCAAUCCAGUGGGCCAGAUUAAUAUGAGAGACGCUAGGGUCGAGGAAGUCGAACACAUGUCCGACAGUGACAGCGAAGAGAGGGACACCGAGUGCCCUCACGAGAGAACGAUUGGUAUAUUUCCUACUCAUCAGGGUCCAACGUACCUUCUCAUGCCGCAUAAGCAGGACAAAGACAAUUGGCUUUAUCAUUUGACGGUCGUAUCUGGUGGUGGACCGAGCGCCGGUACGCAGUAUGAACAAUUGGUCCAGAGACUGAUGGAAACUGACGGUGAUCCGAGUUGCGUUCUUUGGAGACAUCCGUUACUGUUACAUACGAAAGAAAAUAUCACCAGCCCGUUGACGAGUCUCACAUCGGAGACACUCCAAUCCGAAGCCAUCAAAUUAUUCAAGGCUUGCCAAUUGUUUAUGUCCGUCGCCGUGGAACAAGCCGGAAUAGAUUAUCACGUGGUACUCGCUCAGAAUGCUCUUCAACAGUGCUUGGAUCAGCCUGAGCUUCAGACUGAAUUUAUAUGUGCUUUGGUUAAACAAACGAGCCGUCAUACCCAACAACGACUGGGCGUACAGGUAAAAAAGGCCGCCAGACUUGUCUCACUGGGUACUGCGCGCGUUCAGCUCCUCCUCUGCGCAACACAAUCGCUCUUCACCUGCGAUACGCAAAGUCCCGCGUCAAACGGCGGUGGUGAUAAUGCGGACGCGCAAUCGACGGCAUCAACUUCUCACAGUCCUCCGCUAACGCAGGGACACUCAACAUCGACGAUACUCGAAUGCAAAACGAAUCCGGCUCAAUACGUGCUCGUACAGGGAUGGCAACUUCUCGCCCUUGCUGUCUCACUUUUCUUGCCGAGAAACAACCGGUUGCUGUGGUAUCUCAAACUUCAUCUCCAGAGAAACGCCGAUUCCAAAUCAGAGUGCGGUAAAUACGCGGCGUAUUGCGAGAGAGCGCUCGAAAGAACGCUUCAGAACGGUGGUCGCGAAGUGAAACCAUCGAGAAUGGAAGUAUUGUCGAUUCUCCUGAAGAAUCCUUACCAUCAUUCCCUGCCUCACGCGAUACCGGUCCACUUUUCCAACGGAACGUAUCAGGUCGUCAGUUUCGACGGUAGCACGACGAUCGAGGAAUUUCUCAACACGUUGAAUCAAGAAAUCGGUUGUCGCGACGUUCAUCAAUCGGGUUUCACCCUAUUCAGCGACGAUCCAAUUGAAAAAGAUCUCGAGCACUUUAUCGAUCUGCAAGCCAAACUCUGCGACAUAAUAUCGAAAUGGGAAACUGCUUUGAGGGAAAAAGGUUCCGGAAAAUUUGAAAAUACUCGAGUCAUACAGUUAACGUACAAGUCUCGAUGCUACUGGAGACAAGCUGCCAAAAUGGAAACCGAUCGUGAGAGGCUUCUGCUCUGCUAUCAGGUUAAUCAACAAGUGGUGCAAGGCAAGUUUCCAUUGAAUCGUGAACUAGCCUUCGAACUGGCCUCCCUCAUGGCGCAAAUAGAUUUUGGGGAGUACAAUCACGACAAAGCUCGCAGCAGCGGACCCGGGAAUCCUCAUCAUCUCGUACUCCAGGCUCUCGAUAAAUUUUAUCCUGUUCGUUAUCGUACCAACAUCACUGCCGAGCAACUCAGGGAACUCCAAGAAAAAUUGCAAGAAAAAUGGAUCGCUCUGAGAGGACGAAGCGUUGUCGAUUGCGUCAGGAUAUAUCUAACUUGUACACGAAAAUGGCCGUUCUUCGGAGCAACCUUGUAUCAAGCCAAACUCAAGCAGAACGAACCGGUUACCGUUUGGAUCGCAGUUUCCGAGGACAGCGUAACGCUACUGGAAUUGCAGUCAAUGGCUGUUAUGUGCCGUUAUAAUUACGCCAACAUCGUCACGUUCGGUGGCUGCUUGAAUGAUUUCAUGCUCGUCGCUUGUCCCGACGAAGGUGCGGCCGAACAAAAGUUACUUUUCGCUCUUAGCAAACCGAAGAUCCUUGAAAUUACUCUUCUCAUCGCUGACUAUAUGAAUGCGCUUGGCCACGCAUUACCGGGUACCCCACAGAUGAACACACUUACGCGGAAUGGUUCGCAUCGCUCAAUAAAAUCUACCCUCAGACCUGCAACCGGCUCGAGUUGUCUUCCAACACAACCAGAUAUUCUAAAAUCAACACCGGAUCACCAAAGACCCUGAAGAACAAUCCGAAAAUCCGAGCGAUUGUGACACAGAGACAACACGAGAACAACGAGUCUCGUAUUUGCCAAUCCGAUACUUAACGAGGCACUAAUACUGUACGCAAACGUAUUGAAGCCACUUCUUAUUAUAAGAGCGUUUAUGUGCUAUACGCGAUCCAACAAGUCGAGAGAUCAUCAAACGUGAUCGUCUUGAUACCCUGUGCCUGUUGUACGAAUAAACCAGUCGGAGAAAAAUAUUGACGAAAAGUUUGGGCAAAUAGGAAAAAAGAAUAAAA